AUGGGGGAUAUCAAGCCAAUGUCUACACCCAUGGCUCUCCGAUUUGACUCCUCCAUUUCUGAGCCUUUCACUGAUAUCACUCUCUUUCGGAGCCUCGUGGCUGCCUUGCAUUACUUAACCAUAACCCGCCCGGAUAUCUCGUAUGCAAUCAACUCGGUUUGUCAAUUUAUGCAUGCACCAACCACAACCCAUUUUUGUAUGGUGAAACGCAUCCUUCGUUAUGUUCAGGGUACGAUUGAUCAUGGGCUUCGUAUUGUUCGUGAUAGUUCUCUUCAGCUCUAUGCCUUUUCAGAUUCGGACUGGGCUGGUUUUCCAGUUACUCGCCGUUCCACCACAGGUUUCUAUACUUUUCUUGGCGCUAAUUGUAUCUCAUGGAGUGCCAAGAAACAACCCACAGUUGCUCGCUCUAGUACGGAAGCUGAGUAUCGUGUGAUGGCCACUACCACCGCAGAGUUGACUUGGCUGUCCUUCCUCCUUCGUGACAUUGGCGUUCCCCAAUUGAAACCUGCUAUACUAUUUUGCGAUAAUCUUAGUGCCUUGCAUAUGACUGUCAGUCCCGUGUUUCAUGCUCGUACAAAGCAUGUUGAGCUUGACUAUCACUUUGUUUGUGAGAAGGUGGCUCUUUGCUUGCUUAUUACGCGGUUUGUUCCCUCUCAUCGUCAACUGGCUGAUGUCUUUACUAAACCGCUUAGUCGCCGUGAUUUUCACAGCAUUUGUAUCAAACUGGGCAUGUGUGCUCACCCACAGCUUAGUUUGCGGGGGGGUGUUAGACAAGAGGCCUCAUUGGAGCACCCAUCGGAGCAUCCAUCGGGUGAUCCAUUACACCAUAGGUCCACUGUAAAGGGAAUUACAUAA